AUAUUCGUAAACAAUCUGUUUUUCGAUGACAAUUACAGACAGUCUUUUUUAAAGUAGUGGAAACGUCUCUGCUUGUUAAAUCUAACAUUAAGAAGUUCUAGAAAGGAGUGUAUAGACCAGCUACUGCAUUUCACAGAGUUACAAGAGCUAGGAACGGAAGCAUUGUCUUAUAGAACAAUGCUAUAGAUAUGCGUCGUGUCUUUAUAUAUGGUAUAGUAUUUUUGUUUGGAUUUCUUACAUCGCGAUUGGCUUUAAUUGGAGAGUUGUAUAACUGCUUAAAGUACAUAUUAACAUUGGAUAGCGAUAUCACGAAACUUAUCCUCUAUAUUUCAGUUUUUACCUUCAUCGGAGUUCUUUUUUGGAUCCCCCUCAAUCGGAUUGCAGAGUUUGAAGCACGAAAUCCUUCUUUGGCUUGCGGUGGUAUAUCAGCUAGAGAACAGCUGCUGAGACGAGGAAGUUUUUAAGUGAAUCUUAAGAAAGAAAAAGUGAAGCCCAGGACUGCUUGCAUAAUUAACUGGUCUAUUAAUUUGGGCUGUGGAAACGAAAGAAACGUAUAACUCUUGAUUCAUCCAUUCUUUUUUUUUUUUCUACUAUUCAAAAUAUUAAUUGAAGAUUUAUAAUGUCGAGGGUAAACACUCCACUUUCGUUCCCUUCUUCUCGGUUUAAUCCUGUUCUACGUGUGUAUUGGCCUAAAAACCAAAUUCAACAUACAGACUCUGGAUACUUGGUAGGCUGGAUUUACUCGCCAUUUGACCUUGUAAUCGUGACAGUGAUAAAAGAUACUUCUCGCCUUGAUGAGUUUCUUAAAAACAAUCAAUCUUCUUUUUAUGAAGUUCAAAGUCUGGGAAUUCUUGGAACGCUUAACUUACCAUCCUCCUCUUAUGUUCCUAAACCAGAGGAUAGUUGGUUAAUUAUCCGUUUACGAACCCAGUUUUCUCAUCCCCAAAUAUACAGGGUUAGUGAUUCUGACUUAUUCCUAAAUUUACAUGUGAUUUACUAUGUCCCUCCCCAACCCAAGAGGUUGCAAUUUUUAUCUCUUGAACCUUUAUCCCUUUUGUUAUUAAAAGACUCUGUCUUUGAUGAUUCAAGUCCUGAAUUUAAAAAGAACCAGCACUUACAAACCCUGUUACACAAAUUGGAUUUACAUUUUCCCCGACGUCCUGAAAAUACUUGGUACAGAAGUCUUCGCAAUAACUUGGUUGAGCUUUUAAAUCAAUCUUUUGAAGUUCACGUAUUGAUGCAGGAGUGCCCGAACCGGUCAAAAAAUCUGUUAAUUGAGAGUUCAAAACGCUCUUUUCUAUUCAUUUUUAAUCUUUUUCACCCUAUCGUCUUAUUUUUUCUAAUAUUUUUGAGAGUUUUAAAUGAGUUUAUUUUACAAGUCAUUAAUUAUCGUCUGCAUCCGGUAUUUCCAAAUAUGAGGGAUGUAUUCGUUUCUGCCAGACAAGUGGAUUUGCGUCUUCAACAAGCAUGUUUCUGGCCUGUACAGUACAUGAAACUUUGGAUGCUUCGGAAAAGCAAGCAUGUUGUUAUGAAAGAUUAUAAAGAGUACAUACGACUGUAUAAUAACUUAUGGCUAGUAGCCAACGAUAUAAUCUUUGGUAUUACGAUGUGUUCUUUUAUCUUGGAUAAUCUUCCUUUGGUCGUUAAUUUGCUCGACAAGGUUGUAUUUAAAUUUGCAAUUAAAGACGUCCGUGUUAUGGUAACAUGGUUAAUAGACACGCCCGCAGGGUUAAAGUUGAAUAACGAUAUAUGUAAAUUUAUUGUGAAGUUGUCCAUAUGGAUAAUUGAUGUCUGGUAUACGGUACUUUUGUCUUGGAGGCAAUAUAUACCAUCGUUCGUUCGGAUAAUUGCGUUCUCUGGCUUUGGUGGUGCCAGUUUAAUGAUAGCUUUGAUGUCUGAUUUUUUGAGCAUUAUGACUCUCCAUUUAUAUAUCCUUUAUUUGGCCGCGGCACGUUUGUACAAUUGGCAACUAAGAAUCAUAUACAGCUUACUACAACUAUUUCGUGGAAAAAAAAGAAAUGUUUUACGAAAUAGAAUUGAUUCUUAUGAGUAUGAUCUGGAUCAACUGCUUUUGGGGACGAUUUUGUUUACGGUACUAAUUUUUUUCUUGCCCACAAUUUACGUUUUCUAUAUUGCCUUUGCUGUAACUCGUAUUACAGUCAUGACAUGUUUAGCAUUAUAUGAAACAAUACUUGCUUUUUUAAAUCAUUUUCCCCUCUUUGUCACAAUGCUUCGAAUUAAAGAUCCUUACAGAAUUCCUAGUGGACUGAGUUUAGAGAUUGUGAAUUCUGAAUGUUCAAAAGAAAAUACCAUGGCCACACUGUACUUGUUCUGUAAAUCAAAACCCAUGUCCUUUGGGUCCAUGUUUGACCAUUAUCGCAAAUUGGCUAGAAGACUCAUUUCGCAUUACCUUUCGAAAACAACUUUAAUAAGUUUGUUGGUUGGCUGUCCUAUUCCGCCCAUCCCAGCUGAGCAACUGUACAAUAUUCAAUAUGCAAUGCUUCCGCAUUCACGAAUUUCGGCGAAAAACCUAUGGAAACUAUUUUUCGAAUCCAACUAAGUUCAUUGUAAUAGAAUGUUUUAGAAUAAGACCCCCUCAUUAAACCUUUAGCAAUUACGCUGACAUACAUUGAACAGUUGGGUAAUAUAAGCUAUGCAUAUUCAUUCAUCUUAGAAAAUAGAUAUAUUUUAUUUGAUACAUGAUUAUGAGAAGACCACCUUUUAGAAAAAAUAAACCAUUAGUAAAGGUAG